GGCGAGGCUCAGCCAUACUCCGUGGACUGGGACAGUAGCUGUCCUUGGUCACAGUGGUGUCCGCUUGGUCAUCUGCUCAGGCGAUGGUGUAUAUUCUGCCAGGUACACCAGGAGACGGUACUUUAGCGUGAGGCGUCUGCUUUGUAAGAUCUGACAACGCAUUUUUGGACGACAUGGACGGCAUGGAUUCUAAUGAAGAUUUUCGGCGAGGUGCGGCGGAAUGGUUGCAGACUAUUGAAGAGGGCGGUCGCCGGCUGCAAGAGGUCGUGGAUAUUCUGUGUUCGAGCCAAGGGGGCCAGUUAGGGACUGUAGGGGGGACAGACUCACUGGCGCUAUGGCUGGAGGACAUGAUGCAGGCCAUGCUCGAUAUUAUUUGGGAGUUGGAGGAGGGGCCGGCUCCUUCGCUCGAUGAGUUUGUGGAUUGGCAUCGAGCUGGCCUGCUCAUGCAUGGAUGCUAUGACAUCUUCAGGAUAGGGCAGGAUCGAUGUGCAGCUCUGCAGGAAGGAUUGAUGGGCUACUUCGACGGAUUGACGCCGACAUCGCCAGCGACAACAAAUGAAGAAAUCAGCGGCAACAACAGCUUCUACAUCGACAACGAGUGCAAAGACAACGACAGCAACGACAUCAUCAACGGAGGCAACAAUAGCCUCAACAUCAAAAAUGGGUGCAACGACAACCACAACAACGACAACAUCAACAGUGGCGGUGGUGGUAAUAACACCAACGAUGACGCCGACAAAACCAACAACAACGACAUCAACAGCAACAACGACAACAACAACAACAAUCGGUUCGAAGAUAUCAAUUACAGCCUAUUUGGGGUUACCGUAACAAACGACAACUGCGGUGCUAUUGGAAUUGCUGGCGUCGCGGACAAUGAUAGCACCAAUAGUAAUACUCACAGCAACGAUAGCCAGGGUUAUAGCGAUGAGGCCAUGGAUGAUAUGGAGAUUGACCGUGGGUGCAGCAGGGCGUCCAGAGCUGCUGUUUGGCAGCGGAUGGGCGUGGCUUCGCCACCAUCUAUCGCCGGGGAUUCAAUGUCAUGGUCAAGACUUGAAGAGCUCGACCCGUUGACGUUUGCGGACUUCCAAUGGAUGCCCCUUCCCCUGUCCGGUCAAUUGCCGAAAUCGCAUUGCAACGUGCUCAUGGCACAAUUGCGGGAUUACUUGCACAUUGCAAUACCAACUCCGUUGGUGGACGCCGGAGCAGAGGUUGUCGACCUUCACGACUACGUUGCAAAGAUCGACCGCGAGUUCAAGACACAACGAUUGGAGAUGUUGGCUGGGACAUGGGAUGAUGAUAGAGCCGGCUUUGAAAGAGGGGUAGAGAUCUUAGCGGCAAAGCUAGAACUGAGGAAACUGGCUUACGCUGUCGAAAACGAAGUAUUGUCGGGCAGGGUCGCCAGAGUAGAGCAGAGUUUUCUCAGGGCUUGGAACCUUAGUGAUGCGCACCUUAGAGACCAUGUGCCAGCCAACGCCGGACCCUCAUUGCCUCCUCCACCUCCCGCUGAUCACAUCGGACCAUCCAGAGCGGCACGAUGUCAGGCUCUGGAUGUCAAUGAGGAGGAGCGAGAAGAAUUGGAGCAGGCCAUUACGACCAUAACCACGAGCAUGCAUUUGCAGCCUCCAAGGCAAGUUAGACAACCCAGGCGAGCGCAGGUCCCAGCAGUUGGGAGACAGUACACUGUGCUCGCCCCAAUAGCCUCGCACCUGUGGGUAGAGCGCACGUGCCAAGCCUUCAAACAUUCAAUCUGGAGGAUGGACACAGGCAAUCACCUGGUGCCGAUUUCGGUAAAAGCUUACCAAUUUCUCGCCGGUCUUUCCAAUGAUGAUGUCAGGAAGUGUAGAGACAUUGCUUACAAGGGGCAGCUGAAGUACUGUGGUAGGGGAAACCCCACCUUCAAGCCGACGGACGUGACCUUCCCCGCCAUGACUUUCAUCGGCCCGAACAAGUGUGGCGAUAGGGAGCCAGCAAUGUGGCACAAGAAGAUUUGCCAGCCACCAUCACUAGAUCUCCGGAACUUACGAAAAGUAUGGAACAGGAAAUGUAGAGCCAUUGCUUACAAGGGGCAGCUGAAGUACUGUGGUAGGGGAAACCCCACCUUCAAGCCGACGGACCUAACCUUGCCCGUCAUGACUUACAUCGGCCCGAACAAGUGUGGCGAUAGGGAGCCAGCAAUGUGGCACAAGAAGAUUUGCCAGCCACCAUCACUAGAUCUCCGAAACUUACGAAAGGAAGACUACUUGGGUGCGCUGAUUACUAAGUUUGGCUUAUCUGACGAUGUCACUCGAUUCAUGGUGGAGGCCUACAAGGAAGACCCUGUCACGAUGGACAUGAUUUGCAAACUCGAGUCCGACGACAAGGCCACAUCUGAUGAGUUUGUGAUGGUGGAUGGGUUGCUCUUUCUCGAGAAGGCAGGAUUUAAAAGGUUAGUAGUUCUAUUUAGGGAUAUUUUGCGUAGUUUAUUUUUAGGUGAGUGCCAUGACGCGACAGGUCAUUUCGGCUACAAGAAGACUUAUGCUAGCUUAGUACAUCGCUUUUGGAGGCCUAACAUGCUUGUCAAUGCGAAGACAUACGUACAGACUCGCCAAGUCUGUCAGCGGGACAAGCUGCAGACUCAAGCUCCGCUUGGGUUAUUGAAGCCCCUACCCAUUCCUGCUGGUCCGGGGCAGAGUAUCUCCAUGGAUUUUAUGGAUACCCUCGUGACCAGCAAGAAUGGCAAAAGGCAUAUCUUCGUCAUAGUGGAUAGGUUCACUAAGUACACUAGACUAAUCGCCAUGCCAGAGACUGCCAGGACUGAGCAUGUCGUCAAAUUGUUCAUGGACAACUGGGUGCGUGACUUUGGACUGCCAAAGACCAUUGUUAGUGAUAGAGAUGUCCAAUUUACCAGUGAGAUGUGGAAGAAGGCCGCUGAACAGAUGGGCAGCCAGCUCCAGAUGACUUCUGGGAAUCAUCCCGAAGCAAAUGGGCAGGCUAAACAGAUGAACCGUGUGGUGCAGCAUCUGCUGAGGCACUACAUCAAGCCCAGCCAGAAUGACUGGGAUAAGAAACUACCUCUCAUCGCCAGCCUGUACAACAAUGCUGUACACAGCACCACCGAUGUCAGUCCUAAUCAGCUGCAUCUGGGAUGGAAGCCUAGAUCUGCCAGCCUGAAAACCGGACUGCCGCAACCCCUGGAACCAUUGAAUUUGGUGUCCAGUACACCAAAGCGAGAACGGACGAAUCUGAUUGUGGGAAUUGGUAGUGGUCUUCUAGUUGUCCUCCUUGGGGGUGUUCUCAUCACUGUUAUUCUAUACCGUCAGAAGGAGCCAGCCAGAAAGCGCUCACAUCAUGUGGAACAAGUUCCCUUCAAUGCCAUGAGUGGAAGGUCUGGUACAACGAGAAGCAGUGGUCGCAGCCAGAGUCGAAGUCACAGUCAUAGCGGGAGCCGGAGCCGGAGCCGGAGCCGGAGCCAGGAAAAUGAUUGGAGUCCACAGUUGGUGUCUGUUCCUUGGGGGUCACUUGGUGGAGAUCUUGGGAGCCUUUCAGAUUCACCGAUUCAUUACUCUUGCGAAGAGAUUCAGGAUGCAACACUCAAUUUCACUCAUGAAAAGAUUGGUCAAGGUGGUUAUGGAAUUGUGUACAAAGCGACACUCAGAAAUGUGGACUUGGCGCAAGCAGCACCGAGACCGGAUGCUGGCAAAUCCAGCAAUGCAGCCUCACCCCGCCAGUUGGAGCAACGACUCGACCAUGUACUAGCGAUGCUUGGCGACAUCAGCACCUUCGUCGCACCAGCCUCCAUCAGUGAGCAGCUCGACACCUUGAAGAGCGAGGUUCGGCAACUACACCAGCCGCCCGAGAAUGAUGGCAGCACCAGUGCAUCGCGGCAGUACAAGAUGCCGACGUUCCGGAUCGAAAAGUUUGAUGACUAUACGCAUCAGGAUCCCCUCACCUGGUGGCAGGGCUUUACAAUGGAGCUUCAGAUUCAUCAGGUCCCCGAUCACUUGUACAUCUCGGCGUUGUUCCUCAACGCCAAGGGCAGAUGCCAAAUCUGGCUCAGCCACAUGGCAACCAUCCACAACGUCCAGGUCGCCGACCUGCACAAGAAGAUUUCUUGGAAAGAUAUGACGACGGAAUGGAAGAACCGGUUCAUUGUUGACGACGCCUCGACACUCGCCAUCAACCGCCUCUUCGCCAUGACUGAAGACAACACACCGACAUGCGACUGGCUCACGAAAUGGCAAAAGUUUGUGGAAACACCCGAUCUCGACUUGCCAUUUUCGCAUCUGCGUCGGGAGUUCUACAACUGGUCAUGUGCCGCCUUGAACCUCGCACUCGGUGAUCGCGAACAAUACACGACCUUUGCCGAAAUCAUUGACAAGGCUCGUGAGAUCAUCACGACCAACCGGGCUGCUGCACACGAGAAGUUUGUAUGGCAGCCAGCCUAUGUGGAGAAAGGAAAAUUUGGUCCGCGCCCGCAGCCCGUCGCUGCAGUCCAACCGGACAACCUUGUGGAAGACCCGGCAGCCACCCCAGCAUCACGUGAGGGAGAUCGAGUGGCUGCCCUUGAUCGAGGCCGAAUACAAGUACCGCAGCCGAUACGGCUGCUGCUAUUGGUGCAACAGCACCAAGCACAAGACCUUCCAAUGCCAACAAGAUCAAGGCAAGGAGGAUGUUCGACCUCGAAUCAGCUCGGGAAACUGAGCUGCACGGGAGGUGAGGCGACUCCACCUCUCACUCCGCCAGAUUUGGCCGCCUUGCUAACGGCCUCCUACACAUCUGGGGAGAAUGCGGAUGUCGCAAGUCCUCGCUUCACUUACGAGGAUUACGCUGUCCACUUGGUCCCACCGUUGGACCAGCCACUCCACAUGCAAGACUCCACCGCAUGCACGAUUUCAUCACCAUCGGCAACCGAUUCGGCAGCUUCGCCGCCAACUUUUCCCGGAGAUUCGAUGUCAUGGUCAAGACUUGAGAAACUCGACCCGUUGACGUUUGCGGACUUGCAAUGGAUGCCCCUUCCCCCGAGCAAUCGAUUGCCGAAACCGCAUUGCAACGUGCUCAUGGCACAAUUGCGGGAUUACUUGCACACUGCAGUACCAACUCCGUUGAUGGACGCCGGAGUAGGAGUUGUUGACCUUCACGACUACCUCGCGAAGAUCGACCGUGAGUUCAAGACACAACGGUACGCCACCAAUGACGCACCAUUGUUGUACAUACGCAUUCAGAUCGGAGAAGCGACUUGCAGCGCUUUGAUCGAUUGCAGAGCUCCUCGCAACUAUAUGAGCCAAGAUUUCCUAGUACGCGCUGGUCUGGGGCCACGCGUUCGGAGGAAGUCACAGCCCACGCAAGUCACAUUGGUUAAUGGUCACACGCACAAGUCAAUCGACCGGUGCAUUGAUUCCGUCCCCGUGUACUUCGCCCCGCAUGGAAACGAGGCCGUGUCCUUCGACAUUUUGGACACCAAGUUCGACAUGAUUUUGGGCAUGUCGUGGCUGCAAAGCAAGGAUCACCCGGUGAACUUCUACCGCCGCACCAUUCACAUUCGUGAUUGAAACGGAGUACUAGUCCCGUGCAUGGUGCCUCCUCCUCACCCUUCGAUCAGUUGUCACGUGGUGUCCGCCACAAGCAUUCGAGA